GAACUCGCGGGGGGAGCAGCGGGAGGUGGGGGCAGUAGUAGUAGUAGUAGUGGUAAAACUUCUACACAAAGUUGUACUACUUCUACUAGUACAUCACAUCAUGAACAAAAACCGCCAAUGAUCACGACCUCGCUUCGAGAAGAAAAGUGGGCGAAAUUGGCUUCCCUGCUGCUUUCCCGCGCGCAGUUCUCCGCGCACGUUAUCGGGCAGCGGCGGAAGAAGCACUUUGAAUCCUUGAAGCAGCAGAGAAUCCGCGUGCCCUUUUCGAACAAAAGGAUUGACAGGAAACGGUUCAACACGAUCUGGAAGCUGGCUCUGCCCCUCUUCGCGCACAAGCUCGUCUACCCGCUGGCGAAGAAUUUUACGCCGGUCGCAAGUGUGACAGAGAGCGUGACAAACGUUGUCAACACAGUUUUGAUCGAUCCCUGGACGGAGGUUUUCUGCGAGAUUCUGUCGCCGGAGUGGAUAAAAGACCAGGAGACGGGGAAGGCGAUGGAAAGCUGGGAGGGUGAAAAUCGUGUCCGCGGCGCCGACGCGCGGUUCUCUCGUAUUACAAUGAAAAUGCCCCCACGACCCCAGCACUUGGGAGCAUUUGUAAGUAUUGCAAACCUGCUUCACAAUGGAAACAUUCGCCGUCUUGCAUGUAUCAGCAUCACAGAUUUUCAAUCGUGAAUAGCAAAAAUCUGUAUUGCAAAAAAACCCAGCCAGGGCGGCGCUUGUCAUGCAAGGGCUGCUGUAUACGACUAGAAUCUGCAUCAGAAAGAUCCAUCGUCCUUUCAUGCAAGACAAAAAGUGUGCAUUUCGAAACUUCGCAUUACAAAUGGUUGCAACUUACGGGGUGGAGGCAUUUUUCACCGGAAUACUGCGGACAUUUUCUUCCUGGCAGAAGUACGU